AUGAUGCAAUAUACCGUCAUUUUAUGCCCAUUGUUAGUGAUGGCUGUCACGUGUGUGUAACGCUGUGUAAACAACCAAAACAUAUAAAUACAGCAUGCUAAAAUUCAUUUUUCCACUUAAAACUUCAAUCAAAGGCGCACAGCUAGCUCUACUUUCUAAAGACUUUACGAAUACCAAAGAUGCAGAAUCGACUAGUCUUUAUCGCUGUCUUCAUCUUCACCUGUUAUCAAUGCAAUGCCCUAUUUAACAAGUGUACUCGAAAAUGCGAAGAAAAUUUCUAUCAGUGCAUUUCAAGCUCGGACGGUACAAAAAAGUUUUUCACAUGUAAUGCGCAAAAAUCAACCUGUUUUCAAUCGUGCGUGGAUUCUUCAAAGCGUGUCCCCCGCAGCCUUGAAGUGGUACAAGCUUCGAACUUUAAGCAUUGUGCUAAGUCAUGCACAACGUUAUUUGAUGCUUGUUUUACAAUGAAAGAUCUCUCUGAAAGAAAAGUAUGUAAAAGACAAGCGUAUCAGACGUGUCUCAAAGAGUGUGUAUACAAAAGAAUAGCUUAAAUGACCUUGAAAGAAUCAAACUUCGACUGAUGUUGGAAUAUCAGGACACUUUAGAUUUAAAUUGAUAUAUUUAAAAUAUUUGUUUUAACUAUUAUUUAUUAGGAAUAUAACCUUUUAUUGUGUAAGCAUAACCCGACGUUUGAAUGAAAUGAACUCUGUGCUUCCCUAAUGUGAAAAAUACUCAUAAAGUAUUAUAAAAAGAUAUAUAUUUAUUUAUACGAAUUUAUGACUUAUGGAAGAUAUUUAAAGAAAUAAA